UUUAAAACCUCUUUUCCUCCCAUUCCUAUGGAGGAAUACGCAGAGCAUGUUUUCUAUUGUUUUUGUGAUUUAUAAUUACAGUUAUAUUUUUAAGCAGCUGCAGGUAACAAACACUCAACUAAAAUAGUAAAUUGACAAUUGUGACUUUAAAAUAGCUGCAGAAGAUGCAAAAAGAAAAAGCAAACCUACAGAAUCAACUGACUGACUUUGAAGAGCGUAUAGAAGCAAUGACAUCUCAUUUAAAGAAUGUAAGACAAGAGUUCAGCUUCGCUCAGUCUCUUUACAAAGCCAGAGAGAAUGAAAUUGAAACUGAGCAACAUUUUAAAGCCCUUGCUGAGAGAGAAGGUGGACGUCUCAAAAGUGAGAUUAAACGACUGGAAGAUGAGAUAGUUUCCUUAAGAGAAAAGAAAAACAGUCAAGAAAAUAAUAUACACAAAACCACUAAGAAGCUGGAAGACUUAAGACAACAGAUGAACUGUGGUGAGGAAGUUUUGGAGAGUUGGAUAGAGGAAUCGAAUCGCAAAGACAAUGAUGCUGUCACAAUCCAGAAAUAUGCACAACAAGAUGAAGGGAAACUAGGAGCACUAACGCUCCAAGUAGAGAAGCUGACUGUGCAAGCAAAUCAGAAACGCAGAGCUCUUGAUAAUGAGCUUACAGAAACCGUAACAGCUCAGAUAGAGCUUGACAAAACAGCUGAAGAUUUUCGCAGAGUUCAUCAGGAAAGGCAAGAAGUCAUCAGGCAGUGGGAGAAUGCAAUAGAACAGAUGCAAAGAAGAGAUCAACAGAUUGAUCGUUGUGCUGUGCUAAUAACAGAGAUAAAACAGGAGAUGCGAGAAAAAGAAAUUGUGCUGAAAGAGAAGACUUCGUUUUUGAUAAAUGAAACUGUUAAUAAUGUGGAGUAUGAAAAGACAAUUUCUUCUGCUGAACGGGAAGCCACUAGCCUCCGAAACGAGUAUCAAACCCAGGAUACUUACAGAGUUCAGCUGCAGGAUGAGCUGAACACUUUGAAAUGCACUGUGGAAAGAACUACUUCUGAUCUAGAGUCUUCAAGAAUACGAGUAGCCAAUCUGAAGAAAGAAACUCAGAAAAAAAAAGCCAGAUUAACCUCUCUUAAAGACCAAAAUGCAAGUCUUUCCAAUAAACUGAAGCUUGUGACUGAGAAAACACUCAGUUCAGAAGACAAAGCUUUGAGGAUGGAAGAAAUAUUACAGGAAGAAGAGAAAAUUGUCAAGGAAAAAGAAAUAGAAAUGAAACAUUUGAAAGACCUACAUUUCAAGAAAACUCAAGAGUUAAAGGUGCAGAAGGAUAAGGAGCAGUGUGUUGUGGCAGAAAUUGAGGGAAGUCGAACAUCACUUAAAAAUCUUAACAGUCGUCUGCGCAGACUUGAUGCGGAUGCAUUAAGACAACAGGAAAUAAUGUAUAACCAGGAUUUUUAUAUUCAGCAAGUAGAGAGACGGCUGUCACGGUUAGAAGGAGAGGUUAAUGCAGAUGAAAAACAAGUUCUGGAAGCAAAAGUUGCUGAACUUAAGAAAACCUUAGAAGAAAAGAAAAAUACGUAUAAUGUUUUACACGCGCAACACAAGAAACUUCAGAGUGAUGUCCAUUUCAUCAAGAGAGCAAUGGAUAAGACAGGAGAAGAAACAAGUGGUGUGAUGAUCAAGAUAAAUGAAUUAAAUCUUUUCAAUGAGAAAUCAGAUCAAGAGUUAAAAAAAGCUAAAGCUGUUAAGCAGGAGAUGAUGGUUGAAGAUAAUCUCUUAAAACUAGAAUUGAAACGUCUUCAAGAUACUCUGUCAAACAAGGCAGAGAAAGUUCUCACGCUGGAAAAACAAAAAUUGAAGUUAAAGGCAGCAAUAGCAGAAAGAACUGAAGAAAUCAAGAUUCAUAAGGCAAUGAUAGAUUCGCAGAUAAGGCUUGUGGAUCAGGAACGGCAACGCAUAAGUGCUGAAUUCCAAGAUCGCCUGAACAAAAUCGAUAAACUGAGAUGCAGAUAUGAAAUUCUUACUGUUGUCAUGAUGCCACCUGAGGGAGAAGAGGAGAAAACUCAGGCCUACUACAUAAUUAAGGCUGCACAGGAAAAGGAAGCACUUCAACGUGAAGGUGAUGAUUUAGAUGCAAAGAUCUGCAAAGCUGAAAAAGAAAUUGUAGCUCUGGAAAACACUCUGCACGUACUUAAUAACUGCAACAGCAAUUACCGAAAUUCUUUCAAGGAAGUCACUGAGACAAGUGAGGAGUACAGUGAAAAAUUGAAACUAGAAGAGGAAAGAAGAGUUGCUGAUGAAAAAUACAGAUACAAACGAAAGCAGAUCAAAGAGCUUCAGGAAAGUCUCCAGAGCACAGAAAAAAGUUUUGAUAUGGUACUGAAGCAGGAGGCCCUCUACCAAGAGCAAAAAAAGGAAAAACAAGCAAUUAUUUUGCAGCUGAACAAAGACAUAGAAGAACAGAAGCCAAAACUAGAAAGGGUUAUAAAACAGUGUUCUAGACUAUCCAGAGAAAUUCAGUCUGUAAAGAAAACUAAAACAGAAACACAAGAAGAAAGAGACAUCGAUCUCCGUGAACUGAAAAACUUCAACAGAACCAUUGACAAGCUGUUAGCUGAUGUUCUAGAAGCAAAUCCCGACUUAAUUACACCCCUUCAAAUGUACUUUCACCAGUCCAAUUUAGAACUUCCUACUAUUUCCUCUGCUGGUGGUAGUCAAAGUUCUAGUUCACCAUCAUCACAAAGCUCACUGGCCUCUAGCAGAUCCUCCAGAAGCACAAGUUCAGCUUCUAGUCAGACUUCAGCACUUAAAGUCAUAGACCUGAGCUUGUCUAUCAACAGUUCUGCAGAAGCAGCUACCAUUGGUUCACAGCCACCCAGUGGAGCUAGCAACUCUGGUACUUAUAACCACAGAAAAAAAUCUUAAAUAGUCUUUUGAAUGCCAUAGUAAAAGCCUCAUAUUAGUUAAGACUUCUAAAUUGGUUAACUUACACCUUAAUUUAUAUAGCAAGAUCUAAUGGCAAUUAGAAUACAUCUUAGCACUAACUUCUACCAGAAAUGUCUUAACUUCUUACUAGAGUAUACAAUAUCUUAUAUAGUAGCAAUGUUAUUACGUGUAUAUUUUACAUAAUAAAUUAACUUUCAAAUUACUUUCUCAAGUUCGGCUGUUGGAGAACUAAAGAUCUGGGAAACCCUUCAGAAACCAGCAGUUCACAUUCUUACAAUGAAAAGGCUAGUUAUGUUAAAGCAAAUAAUUCUAGUAAACAGAUAACUUAUGAUUGCUGCCAUCUCAAGACAAAUGUAAAGCAGACUAGGUCCCCACUCCAGGGAAUAAGCUGACUACAUUACACCUGUUACAUAUUUGCAAAAGCUCCAGAACAGACAGUAAUACUGUCUGGAAUGGGCAAGCUUAACCUUUGUAAAAAAGAUUAGGACUUUUCAUGUAAAUAUCUUCCCUCCUUAAAAGUGAUUCAGAGCACUUAUCCUGAAAGUAAUUUUAGGUUACUAUAGCAAUAACCUGGGCAAUAAAACUUAUGCCUCAAGAUCAUUCUGGACCAUAAAUCACAUGGUCAUCUCAGAUAUCUUCAUGGAGAUAUAGGUAGUAUAGGAUUAAAGUCAGUAGAACUAUACUUUUCCUAUUCAGCAUUACAUGGUACGUUUUUGGCAGCUGGCCUGUAUGUUAGGAAUUACUUGGAAAACUUGCAGAUGGAAGUACAAUCAGUACUGCGCAAUCAGCCAGACGUUCAGUUCAGUGCGCUCUACCAAUCUUCUUUGAAGAACUCAUUCUUAAUACGGGAAACUUCGCUUACAGCUGCAAUCACUGCCUUCAAGCUACUGUAACACAAAUCCCUAACAACAACAAAGAUCAAAGGCCCACGUUUGAACAUUUCAGGACAAUAAGCACUUUUUUAGAGCACCCUCUGCUUCUACCUCAACUUUAUUAUACGCAUUACUUAAAGAACAUAUUUGAUGCAUUUAGUGAACAUAAUAGGCUUGCUUUCUCGCAGACACUGGCGGGUUGAAUUCACUUAAAUUAUAAAGCACUCUGAGUUUCUCAACAGGAAGUGCAUAAGCAGCAUAUAUGAACCAAUGCACCAGUUCAACAGUAUCAAACACACCAGUGACUUAAAAACAAAAACCAAGACACAAAACUAAUAAGAUUUAAUGAUCAAAUAAGCUAUAUACAUUGAUGGCACAUCAGCUCCAUUCAGUUAUCCCCUUUCAAUAUCUGGAGGUUAGGUUUAAAUACAAAAAUAGUUAACAGUCAACAGUACCCUAAGAAGAAGAAGAAGAAAAAAAAAAAA